CGGCGAGCGGCGUUAAAGGCGGCUCCCGGCGCCGCUCCCCUGUCCAGUCCAGCAGUGCGCAGGCGCGGAGGGCUCCCUUGUCAGUCGGCGCCGCGUGCGGGUUGCUUGCUCUGUGGCGGCGGCGGCUGGUCUUCGGCAUCAUGAGCGGCUUCAGCAGCGAGGAGCGCGCCGCGCCCUUCUCCCUCGAGUACCGAGUCUUCUUCAAAAAUGAAAAGGGACAAUAUAUAUCUCCAUUUCAUGAUAUUCCAAUUUAUGCAGAUAAGGAUGUGUUCAACAUGGUAGUUGAAGUACCACGCUGGUCUAAUGCAAAAAUGGAGAUUGCUACAAAGGACCCUUUAAACCCAAUUAAACAAGAUGUGAAAAAAGGGAAACUCCGUUAUGUUGCAAAUGUGUUCCCUUAUAAAGGAUAUAUCUGGAACUAUGGUGCCAUCCCUCAGACUUGGGAAGACCCUGGACACAAUGACAAACACACUGGUUGUUGUGGCGACAAUGACCCGAUUGAUGUCUGUGAAAUUGGAAGCAAGGUCUGUGCAAGAGGUGAAAUAAUCCGGGUGAAAGUUCUGGGCAUAUUGGCUAUGAUUGACGAAGGGGAAACUGACUGGAAAGUGAUUGCCAUCAAUGCGGAUGAUCCCGAUGCAGCCAAUUAUAAUGAUAUUAAUGAUGUCAAGCGGCUGAAACCUGGCUACCUGGAAGCUACUGUGGACUGGUUCAGAAGGUACAAGGUUCCUGAUGGAAAACCAGAAAACCAGUUUUCUUUCAAUGCGGAAUUUAAAGAUAAGGAUUUUGCAACUGCCAUUAUUAAAAGCACUCAUGACUAUUGGAGAGCAUUAGUGACAAAGAAAACUGAUGGAAAAGGAAUCAGUUGCAUGAAUACCACAGUGUCUGAGAGCCCCUUCAAGUGUGAUCCCGAUGCUGCCAAAGCCAUUGUGGAUGCUUUACCACCACCAUGUGAAUCUGCCUGCACAAUACCUGCAGAUGUGGAUAAAUGGUUCCAUCACCAGAAAAACUAAGGAAAUUUCUCUGGAAUACAAGCUGAUAUUACUGCAUCAUACUCAUCUGGAAGUAUUAGAUGCAAAAGUAGUGGCUUUUCUAAGCUUUAAAUUUAUAGAACUAAUCUAACUAACAAAGGAAAUUCUGCUGUGACCAAUCCAAUAUAUUUAGUGUGUUAUCCAUAUGAAAGCAUUUUUCAUCUCAGCUAAGAUAACUUUUAGCACAGGCUUAAAUAUCAAAGCAGUUAUUGGAAUUUGGAAGUCAUUUGUGAAUAAAUGUGCGAGAUAUUGGAUGUAUAUGUUUACUAUGUGUUAGAAAAUAAAAUUAUUUUGCUGAAA